AUGCUCACACUCUCGGAGAGCGGAAUCGAGCCUCGCGAGGGUGCUGCUCCCUCCACAUCUCUCGACCCUGGAUUCAAGCCCGUUCCCGGCGAUGCCCUGCUGGUCAUCGACGUCCAGAACGAUUUUAUCCCGGGCGGGGCACUGGAGGUUGCCGGGGGACACGAGGUGGUGCCCGUGUGCAACGCCCUGAUGGACCGAUUCGACGUCGUGGUGUUCUCGCAGGACUGGCACUGCCCUGGGCAUCUCUCCUUCGCGUCGUCGCACGAGGGUAAGAGCCCGUACGAUUCGACCCGGAUGCCCUACGGCGACCAGACCCUGUGGCCAGACCACUGCAUCCAGGGCACGUCGGGUUCGUCGUUCCACGCCGACCUGUCCAUCCCGGACCGCGUCCGCGUCGUGCGCAAGGGUUUCAGGAAGGAUAUCGACUCGUACAGCGCAUUCUUCGAGAACGAUCAGACCACCCCGACGGGGCUCGAGGGAUACCUCAAGGACAUCGGAGUCAGGAGGGUGUUUGUGUGCGGGCUGGCGUACGACUUUUGCGUCAGGUUCACCGCGGUGGACGCCAAGGUCAAGUGCGGGUUCGACGAGGUGGUGGUCGUGAAGGACGCGACGAGGAGCGUGGGUUUGCCCGGGACCGUGGAGGCUGCGGAUGAGGGGAUGAAGGAGGCUGGGGUGAAGGUAGCGGACUCCGGUAGCCUGGUAGCGGCGUUGGCCGGACUGUAA